AUGGCUGGCCGUUCCACCCAGUUCACCCCUCCGCCAUCCCCACCCUCGCCGUCCGCUUCAUUCUACGAUAUCAGCGAUAAUGAAGAGGGAGAAUAUAGCACGGUGACGCAUACCAAGACAGGGAGGGGAGUGAAGCUGCUAUUCUCCAAAAGCAAGAAUACCCAGGUCUACGUCCACCCCACCCCGUCAUUCAAAGACAAUAUACCAGGCUUCAUUGCUCUUAUCCAGGCAAAGUCAGCUCCAGUCGAGGGCGAAAACGCGUCUGCCGCGGCGUCCCCCUUGAGCGCUGCUGAUGCGUCUUCAUAUCUACUCGCUUGGGUACCUGAAUCGUCUCUGGGAGACGCCUACACUACCUACGUGAAAGUCGACCUAGCCGAAGGCUCAUCUCCUCCACGCCAAUCAUACCUUGUACCACCGUUGCCGACCACAACAGCCCAUACUGACUCCAUUGGUCUCUACGCGUUUGCGGUUCCUCUCUCGCAAAUUUACUCCUUACUCGUACGCCCUCCCAGCCUGGGCUGGUGGUUUGGGAGCUUGGUUAUCAAUACAAAAGCAGGCGAUAGCUCCGCUGCUUUGUUCUUCCAUGACUCUGAAUGCGAGUCCACUAUUUUGCAGAAAAAGAAACGAACUAAGGAAAGCUUCAAUCCGUUCGAAGAUGGACACAUGUUCUGGGGAGGGGAUGAGGUCUUGCGGUGGCUCAAGAGAUAUGUCGAGGUAUAUCGCUCUGGUGCAGAUCCAAACGUGUAUUUGAUCAACCCCUCCGAAGAAGAUAAGACAUCGUUUGGCCAUUUACCAAAGGUUGACAAAGCUGUCAAAACCCCAUCCAACGCUGGCGUCACAACACAACCACAAAGGGAGGCGGAGAUGGACCCAAUAACAAAAGCCCUCAAGGAAACCCGGUGGAAGGUUCUGGAGCAACUCAGCAAAAUCACAACAUUCACUAGACGAACAGCACAGGACUUGGCUGAUCACCCUAAGCUGCCACCGCAGGUGCGGCGUUUAAUGAUAAACCCGGAAGUCCAAACUCUCCAAGAUGAAUUUGAUAGUGCAAGAAUAUACCUGGCACGGUGGGCAAUGGGAAUCUCUGAACAAAGUGACCGUGAAAGGAACCAGAGAAUAUGGACAGCAAAGGAUGUGUUGGCCAUGGAGGACACAUCGGUCGGAGAGUUUGAAAUAUUGAAUAUGGAAGCAGCUAAUAUGACAAUCAGUGAUAAGCGAAAGAUUGUCUCUAAAGAAGAAUGGAAGAGCUGGUUUGACUCUACAACUGGCCGGCUGCAAAUAACUGUCAAUGAAGCAAAAGAGCGAAUCUUCCAUGGCGGGUUGGACGCCAAUGACGGUGUACGGAAAGAAGCUUGGCUGUUCCUCCUAGGAGUAUAUUCAUGGGAUAGCAGUCGAGAUGAACGAAAUGCCGUAAUGAAUUCGAAAAGGGACGAGUACGUGCGGCUGAAAGGAGGCUGGUGGGAGCGUAUGGUAGAGGGCGCAUCCACGAGCGAGGACUAUGAAUGGUGGAAAGAGCAAAAAAAUAGAAUUGAAAAGGAUGUCCAUCGUACAGACCGGACAAUACCACUUUUUGCAGGAGAGGACAUCCCUCAUCCAGACCCAGAUUCUCCUUUCGCUGAAACGGGGACGAACGUUCACCUAGAGCAGAUGAAGGACAUGCUCCUGACGUAUAAUGAAUAUAAUCGUGACCUGGGUUAUGUCCAGGGUAUGAGUGACCUCCUUGCUCCAAUAUAUGCUGUCAUGCAAGACGAUGCAGUUGCAUUCUGGGCCUUUGUUGGCUUUAUGGAUCGCAUGGAGCGAAAUUUCCUACGCGAUCAGUCUGGCAUGCGUGAACAAUUGCUUACCCUAGAUCAGCUUGUUCAACUCAUGGAUCCGGAGCUCUAUCUUCAUCUUCAGAAAGCUGAGAGCACAAAUUUCUUCUUCUUUUUUCGCAUGUUCCUUGUUUGGUUCAAGCGCGAGUUUGAAUGGGUAGAUAUCUUACGUCUAUGGGAAGCUCUCUGGACCGACUUUCUCUCCAGUAGCUUUCAUAUAUUCAUUGCUCUUGCUAUCUUGGAAAAACAUCGGGAUGUUAUAAUCGCACAUCUACACCAUUUUGAUGAAAUUCUUAAAUAUGUGAAUGAACUCUCCAAUACCAUAGAUCUUAUACAAAUCCUCAGCAGAGCCGAAGCAUUAUUCCAACACUUCCAGAAGAAAGUCGAAACGAUCGACAAACAAUAUAAUUUCCCCAGCGUGCCCGUCCGUCAACGAAAACCCGACCGGACGAGCCCGGAAACUCAAUCCCAAAAACAAAAACAAUCUUCACAACUGGCGCAGGUAUCUUCUCCACCACCUUGUGAAAGACAGCAACCUUCAGCUUCGGCAACUGGUGUUCAAAAUCGCCCUGGGUGUACAUCUAUUGGUGACCAGCCCCCCAAAGAGCCUGUUGAAGCAGGGCAAGUCAUUUCGCCAUUGCUUCGGAAGUUAUUAAGUAAGGACUUCUAUCGUAUCAAGAAGGAUGAGCGGAGUAUAAACCAAGGACCCAGAUCGACGUAA